ACCAAAAUGUAUUGUUUGUUGUUGUUUUGUUUCUUUUCUUCCCUGAUUAACUAAUUUAUUUUGAUUGUUAAAUUAUUUUUCCAUUAAAAAUGUUAUAAAAAUUCUUUAUAUUUUUCAAGUGUUUCCAAUAAUUACCUGACAAUCACCAUAUUAAAAAGACAUAAUGCCGUUGACACCAAAGUUUAUACAAAAUUUACAAAAAUUUCGUCUUGUUACCUUCGAUAUCACCGAUACCUUGCUCACAUUCAAACGAUCACCAGCAAUUCAAUACGCUGAAACGGCUGCUAAUCACGGUUAUCCGCAUUUGAAUCGUGACAAAUUAUUGGUAAGCUUUCGUAAAGAAUUCAAACAACACAUGAUUAAGUAUCCAAAUUAUGGCAAAACAACACCAAAUAUGGACUGGAAUCAAUGGUGGAUUAAAUUGGUAUUGAAUAUAUUCGAAUCCGUAGAAUCGGGAAUUCCGGAAAAAGAUGCACUUAUCAUUGCUAAGGAACUUGUCGAUCUUUACCGCACUGAUGUUUGUUGGAAACAUUUGGAUGGAGCAAGUGAGCUCGUUUGUAAAGUAAGGGAAUCCGGUAAGGAUGUUGGCGUUAUUUCUAAUUUUGAUCCUAGUCUACCACAAAUACUCAAAGCAAUGAACUUGAAUAAUUUUGAUUUUAUUCUUACUGCAUAUGAUUGUGGUAUUUUAAAGCCAAAUAGAGAGAUUUUUGACUUGGCAUUAGCUAAAUAUAAUAUCCGUAGUGACCAAGCAAUUCAUAUAGGUAAUAUGUAUGAUUUGGAUUAUUUGGGUGCAAAAGCUGCUGGUUGGUCAAGUAUUCUAAUAUCCAAAAUGACUGAGGAUGAGAUGGCAGUUAGAGAAGGUUUGAAUCGGCAACAUGUAUUUCAAAACAUACCAGACCUUUUACACACUUUGAAUCACAAAGUUAUUGAAUGGUAGAAAAGAGAUCAACACACUGACGAACAUGACUAUGGUUUAUAAUUAAGUACAACUUAAUGUAGUACCUAUACUAUUUUAUUAACAUUUAUUCAGAAAUUAAAAAUAUAUAUUUAUUUAGA